AUGUGGUCAGCUUUGACAUCUGAAACGUUCCGCAUGGGGGUUCACUUGUGCCGUGUGAGUAUAUCAAUGCUUGCGUUGACGACCGGCUUUGGCAACUCAGUGUUGCCAGGAAGCCUCGUGUCAAGCUUAGGAAGCAUGUCGGGCAGCUGCGUCACCUGCAAGCCAUACCUCGGCACGCAGACUGGGAUUUGUGCGGGGUCUUGCGUCAGAGAUGCAUCUCCUGUAUCUUGGGACUGCCAAGCCUCAGGCCAUGCAGCACAUGCAUUGGAUGCAAGGCUUUUUAGAGUCCCGGCCAACAGCCGCUGGCACGGCCAGCCAUGCUAG